GUCUUCACUCUGACGCGCCUCUAAACACGAUGAGACGAUUACCCAGCCGCCACAUUUCACAAGAAAUCCGUCAACAGUUCCAAGAAUCAACAUCAAAUGACAUAAACACUCUUACGUUUGCCGUUCGAGCCGAACCGCCCGAAUGUUGCGUUCAGUGUCUCCUGUGCUCUACUUCCUGCUUGUAGUCAGCGCUCACGUGACGGUCGCCGCGAAGGGCAUACCGAGGCGGCGGCUGAAGCUGGCCGACGAUGAGGCGAGCCGAGCGGCAUCGGAGUCCCGCGACAACUCGGUGGAGUGGAGACAGUCCGGAGGUCUGGAGCCGGGAGAGCCGGCUGCUGCGUUCACGGUGCCGACUCUCAGCGGGGAGUUUGUGUAUCUCCCGGGAGCAGCGGCUUCGGCGGAGGUCUCGGUGCUCAUUCACGCGUUCACCAACAAGUCGGCCUUCCUCGAGUGUCUGUGGAGCUCCUCGGCGUCCUUGGCCAGCCUCGUCGAGGAGCUGCCGGCCAGCGCUCAGGUGCUCUUUCUCUCCCUAGACGACUCUGCCGCCACAGACGCGCUCUGGAUGCGGGAAAGGCUGCACGUCGCCGCCAAAAAACACGGUCAAGAGGAGGUUCUGUCCAGGCUUCACGUGUCGCCGGUGCCGGUGUUUGCUGUCGGCAACUGGAUCGCCGGCGUCUUGUACUCCUGGGCCUGCGCGGGGCACAAUUGCGGCCUGGCCCAGGCCGUCUUUACGUCACAGGGAUGGGACGUGCCCGUGAUUGUCAAGCGCCUGGACGCCAGAUACGAUUGGCUGACGGGGCGCUGGGCCACGACGCGUUACGAGCUGAGGGACGCGGGGGACGGCUGCGAGCCGUCGCCGUCUGUGGACGGUGCUGUGGCCUGGCUGUCGGAGGGAAACUGUAGCUUCUUCGCCAAGGUCCAAAACAUGGCGAAGUCCAACGCGUCUGGCGUGCUGGUCUCCGCCCUCCCGGGAAACGCCAUCCGGGACAUGAACUGCGUGGGCGCCGAGUGCUUCGCGCCGCUCAGCCUGCCCGCAGCCAUGGUGCACCUCCAGCCGGCCGUCACCCAUGCGCUCAGAUCUGGUGUGGACGUGAACGUGUCUUUCCAGACCACCCCCUCCCCCAACUUCUUCAUCGCCAUCGACCAGCAGGGGGCGCUGGCCGAGAUGGGCUGGUUCCUCUACCCCUCGUUCAGCUUCAUCAACUGGCAAGCGCAGUGGUUUGACUUCUCGGCAGCCUUGCAACUGAAACUGGAAUCUCCCGCCACCGUGCUGCCUGUCUUUGACAAAGUGCAAAUGCAAAGCGACAAAGGGGCUGUGGCUGAUGUCAACAUUCCGCCAGACUUGUCCGCUUUUGACACGCUGAUGUUGGACGCGUCGCUGUCGUGCCCUGGCAGCAGAGACGCGUCAUGUCCCCGGUGGGAUCACACCGUUCGGCUUUUUGUCUGCUGCGAUCGCCUCGGACCUUACUGCCACGUCGAGCUGGGACGUUGGAUCACCGCUUUCCGAAGAGGGAUUGGUCGCUGGCAGACGGAUGUGUCUCCUCUCCUUCCUGUGCUGGACGCCGGUGUUUGCCGCUUCACUAUGAAGACGGCACCGUGGGCCAUGCCCUGGGUGGUUUCCCUCAACCUGAGGUUCAGCGUGGCCAACCUCACAGGAGAGAAGCUCCGCCCCUUCCGAGUGAUGUCACUGUACGACGGCGGGACCUUCGACAAGACGUACAACCGGCGCUACCCGCCGAUCGAGUUCCCCGUGCCCGCCUCUACCAAAAAGGUGGAGCUCUACGCCGUUAUCACGGGACACGGCAGCGAUGACAACGGAUGCGCAGAGUUCUGCGUCACCUCGCACCACUUCCUGGUCAACGGCGUUCACAACAACACGCGAUCCUUCGACUCUGCGGGCUCAGCGCUGGGCUGCGCCGAGCACGCGAAGGAGGGUGCCGUGCCCAACGAGCACGGUACCUGGCUCUACGGCCGUGGAGGCUGGUGCGACGGACUGCAGGUGGACCCCUGGAGGCUCGAUGUCACCACACAGUUGGAGGUUAGCGGGCAGGCGUCCAACACGAUCCGAUACUUGGGCCUGUUCAACGGGAAAGACCCAGACCCGACUCAACAGCCGGGUUACAUCGUCAUGUCUUCUUUCCUCGUCUUCUUCAAAUGAACACCGCAAACUUCCUCUCGGCACUCCUUAAAAAUUAAACAUUCAUAUUAAACUAUCCAAAAAUGUUAUAUUUAUUUUUUAAUAAAAAGUACAAAAAUAAUUGAGCAGAA